AUGACGGGCUUCAACUCUCCGGAGAACCAGCCGCUGCUCCUCUGGCUUCUCAACCACUGGCAAACGGUCGCGCCCCUGCUGGACGCCGCCGUGGCUCGGCUCGACCGAGCUAACGACCUCUUCCUGCUCGACGUGCGCGUGCCACGCGGCGAAAAGCUGAACACGCUGGACGUCGCGGCAGUCUUCUCCAAGGGGAUCGCCGUCGACCUGGAGGGGAUGCGCAGCGCGCUCACCAAGCACCCGUUCCUGUACGCCAGCGCGUGGACGAAGCAGCUCGCCAUGGCGACCAAGCAAGAGGUGAGGAGCAUGGCGCGCAGGCGCGACGAGGCGUCGUGCGCAAAGGGGUGCCUGGUCUGCUUCGCGUACGGCGACACCGCGGACAACGAGGGCAUCCUCCCCGACUUUCGGAUGAACGUCGCCCAGUUCUUUGUCGGCGACCUCCGCCGCGUCGCCGCACACAACCUCGGCGGUCAGAGGCAGGCGGCGGCACAGAGGCAGGCGGCGGCCAAGUUGGAGCGGCGGCGGUCGAUCCAGGCGCAGCUGCUUGCCGCGGGAGUGCCGGAGGAGGUGAUGAACAGCGACGACGGCAAGGCGCAGAUCAGGCUCAUGGAGGCCAAGUUCGAGAGAGCGUCUCUGGCCGCGGCGCGCAAGACUGCCCGCGCCGCAUCGCUAGAGGCCCCCAGGAUCUGUUGA